AUGGCAGAGGUCGGCGGCUCCUACAAGGACUCUCUUUCUCAGGUUUGCCAGCUUAUUAUUAUAUUUCAGAAACUGUGGUCAAACGCUUUCUCUUUUUUCAACCUUUAUAGUUUUAUGAACUCUUGAGUUUCCAAAAAUUUGGACUCAUGAAAAUCUUUAUCUUUCCAGAACGAAAACUCCCAGGAAUUUUUGCUGAAACUGAGCAAAAAAAAUGGUUUUCUUAAUUCAUUAUUACAGUUUUCAUAAUGAUCUCAAAACGCAUAAAGAAAAAAAAGAAUAAUUUUUAUUGUGACCACUGACUUCUGCAAUUUUUUUUAAAUUAAACUUUGCCUUUCAGUUUUAAUUUUACCUUUUUUGAAGAGAAAUGAUAGAAUAAGCGCUUAUUAAAUCGAUAUCUGAAUAAGCAAUUUUAAGAUUCGUUUUGAAUUUUUUGUACUCGAAAACCCUUUAAGUAGUCCCCAACUAAUCUUUUUCCAUGCUCAAAAAGCACUCAAAGCCGAAAUUUAAAUUUGCGCGUGACAGUGCAAAUUUACGUCGUUCUGCCAUUUCGCGAAAAUUUACGAGCGCUUUUUACAAUAAUUUUUCGAUUUUUUUCAAAAUGCUUCUGCUCUUUCAUUGUUCACUCUACACUGUUACAAAAAUCAGACCCAAAUUUUUUUUUUCAAUUAAUUUGCUGUUUGUAUGAUUGUUUCCAAGCAUAGUUCCACUUGAAAGAAAAACCUCGUAAAAUUAUUUUUUUGAGGAUUAUUUCAGGAAAAAUGAUUAAUGAUGUUUACAUUUCAUGAUUUUUUUCUCAAUAUUUCAUCAGAAAUAUUGUUUUAUAGGCUCAGAAAGACGAACUGCGCGAAAUCGCCCAGAAAAUUGUUGCCGACGGAAAAGGAAUCUUGGCCGCCGACGAAUCAACUGGUUCGUUCUAUUUUUAUCCUUUUUCAUAACCCAAAAAUAGUGAUUUCCUGUUUUGAUUCGUACUUUGACAUGAUUUGAAAACUUUCAAAAGUUUUUCAAGCCGAAAAAAAGUUGAAAAUAGAGAAGUUUGUUUUUGGGCAAAGUUUUUGGCGAUCGAUUCAAUCGCCCUUCAUUAUCAUCGUCCACGUUUUGUUUGUGGCGCCUUUUUUGUUUUUCUCCUCUUUCCGCUCAUCCAAAGAACGAUCAAACCUUUCUUUUCUUCUUCUUUUCUGUUUCUCUUGGAUUUUAUUUUCUUUCUUUCAGGAACAAUUGGAAAACGUCUCGAUUCGAUCAACCUUGAGAACAAUGAGACGAAUCGAAGGAAAUACAGGUAUUUAUUGAAGAUUUGUCGAAGUGAUGCCAAUAAUUGGUUUCAGACAGCUUCUGUUCACGACUCCCAACCUUGGAGAGCACAUUUCUGGAGUUAUUCUUUAUGAGGAAACCUUCAACCAGGUAUUUAACAGUCCAGGAUAAUUUCAGAAAACAUUCAUAACUAGGAACUGCAACUUUUAUAAAAUUUCAUCUUUUUCUGGACUUUAGGUGAAAAUUUUUCGUUAAUCAUGGUGUUGAAAGAAAAAAAUUUGUACGAAAAUUAAAAAAAUAUAGAAAAAAAUUUUUUUCUCAAAUAAAAAAAUAGAAAAAGUUUCUGCACGUAAAGCUUGUUGAAAAUUCCUAGCUGUUUUAUAAAUGAAGCAAAGAUUUAGAACAAAAUAAUAGCGCUUUAGUCACUUACAAGUGCGCUCCACGGGCAAAACUUGAUAUUUCAUCGAAAUUUCGGACUUUUUUUGUGCUCAAUUUUAAGCUGUUUUGGUGAACUCAACUUUUAAUAUUUUUAGAAAUUUUAGGGAUUUUUUUCUGUUGAAGCUUGACACUUAAAAUUUGUCUCGACUACCAAUUUUCGGUCUUUGAGUAAUAUUUGACAUUAUAUUGGAAAAGAAGUCGGAGUUUGUCGAUUUCUUUCAACUCAAAAGCAAGGUUUCGAGAAGGACAUUAGUUAGAAAUCAUAGAUUCAGGUGGAAAAUACCUUUUGAAGCAAUAUAUUGUUACUUCUCAGUGAAAUAAACUACCUACUAUGACCUGCCAGCCGAAUAUUUCACUUUAUAAGACGAAAAUGAUUCUUUCCAGUCGACGGACAAGGGAGAACGGUUCGUAGACUUGCUGACGAAACAAGGCGUCGUUCCCGGGAUCAAGCUCGACCUGGGAGUCGUGCCUCUCGCCGGAACCCUCGGCGAAGGAACCACUCAGGGUCUCGACGACCUCGCCAAGCGUGCCGCUCACUUUAAAAAGGUUCAUCUCCAUUUUCAAACAUUUUUUCUGAUCUAGUAUUUCUUCUUAUCGACUAAAAAAAGCACCUUUAAAAAAGAAAACGUUCAAAAAUCAAUAGCCUGGUUCUGCCUGUACCUUCGUUAACUUUAUUCGAGGCUCUCUCGCUUUCCAGAGUAAAAAAAAAAGAGGGCGCAGACAAGUCAGACGAUUUCAAAACGUGAAAAUUUUUUUUUCCUAUAAUCAGAAAUUUCAAUGAAAAGUAGUCGAAUUCCCGAAUAGAUCAGUUGAAAGAAUAAAUAUUCUUCAGACAACAUUAUACCGUUUUUUUAAAUUUUUUUCAGAUCUUUAAAACAUUAUGCGCCUAACGGGAAAGUGGUUUUCUUAAUUAAUUUUUUCCUAAAUUUUUCUAUACGCGUAGAAGCAGAAAUUGUUGCGCGAAAAAAACAGAUGUAAAAAAAUUUUUCGAAUGUGAUUUUUUUCCCAGGAAAAAAAAAAAAAUUGAUUUUCUGAUUAGGCUACUGUAGUUCAGAAAAAUCGAAAAAACAGCUCAAAAAAGUUUAGAACACGGAAAUUUCAUUUUACGGGGUUUUUCUGCGCUUUGAUAUCAUAAUUAGAGAUAAUUUGUUGCUUUUCAUUCCCUCAUAGAAAUAAGUACAAAUUCAUCAAAUUUUUUAACUACUAAAUUUUCCUUUCUUAACAUUCUUUCCGUGUUUUUUCUUACGGUUUCGAUUGUAUGAGAAAUCCUUCAGACUAAUUUUUCUCAUGAAUUUCUUUUUUUGAAUCUUUAUUUCACUCUAAUAAAUAAAGAAAUAUGAGUUACAAAGAAAGAGGCAUAGUUUGAGCAAGAAUUAUAUGGGAGUAAACGAGCGAAUUUACCGGUAUAGGGAAUAGAACACGUGGAAGGAUUUUUGAUCACAGUAGACAAUAAGGGAAUAUUGGAAAAGAGUUCAUCUUUGCUUAGCGAGUCGAGAAACUUUCUGAAACGGGUGGUAGACGUGUUAGGGUUGAAUCUUGAGCAGAGUAUAUUCCAAAGAGGAAUGACAGUGUUAAAAAAGCUUUUAAAUCUGGAACCAGUCUGAAUCAUAAAUCACCCACCUUCUCGUAACUUCUGAAACUUGAAGGGAGGCUGCGGAUUCGCGAAAUGGCGGUGCGUCCUGAACAUUGGAACCCAUACGCCUUCCCACCUCGGAAUGCUGGAAAAUGCCAAUGUUCUGGCCAGGUUUUCUUCAAAAUGAUGAUAGAAAAUCAAUAAAUUUUGUAGAUACGCCACGAUUUGCCAGGCUGCCGGUUUGGUUCCGAUUGUUGAGCCUGAGGUCUUGUGCGACGGAGAUCACGAUUUGGCGAGAGCUCAAAAGGUUCCAAAAUGAUAAUGAUUCAUUCAUAAGGUCUUCAAAUGUUCACUUUUGUGAGAGAAAACCAUACGUGGGCAAGUAAAAAAACUCAACUGGCCCAGAAGGGAUUGACACUUCAAAAUUUUUUAAAAAACUAGGUAAAAAAAAUUAAUUUUUCGAGCCCAGGGAGGCAGUGUCGGCAAAAAUUUCAUUUGGGAAGUAGCACAGACUUUAAUUUUUAAAAACUCGGGAGGUGGGGUUGGCAGUUUUAAAAAAUGUUCUGCCAAUGUAUGGAGAAAACAAAAAAAAAAGCCGCGGGAAAAAGUUUUAGUUUUGUUAGUUUUAGACCAACUUACUGGUCAGGAUUGAACCGAAGGUUAUAGUCCACGUGUGUAUUCCAAUUUUUGAAAACGUUGCGAUUUCAAAAAUGACUCUGGAAAUUUGAGGUGACGGAACAAGUUUUGGCUUUCGUGUACAAGGCCCUCGCCGACCAUCACGUUUAUUUGGAGGGAACUCUUCUCAAGCCAAACAUGGUCACCCCUGGCCAGAGCUGCAAGAUCAAGGUAGAACUGAAGAAGUUUUCUGAGUCUUAAAUAAAAGAAUCCAAAACUUCGGGAGAGCCCAUGGAUGAAUUUAAAAAAAAACUGUUCGUUUUUUUUCAUUUGUGGGAUGUAUAUGUGCUCAUCGCUUCGGUUUUUUUUUUCAUUUGAGAGCCAAAAAGCCAAAAAAAGAUAGUUCAUUAGUUUGAAGAGUACGCUUAGAAUGCGUUCAAAUUGAGCACAUUUAUUUUCUUUUUUUUUCCGUUUUUAUUUUUAUUAUUUUUUUAUUAUUUCAAAGAUUGAAAUCAAAGAGAUUGUUUUUCUAGUCCUCCCACGAAGACAUCGGCCUCGCCACAGUGACGGCCCUUCGCCGAGGAGUCCCAGCAGCCGUCCCAGGAAUCACUUUCCUUUCCGGAGGCCAGUCCGAACUCGACGCCACCGCCAACCUCAACGCCAUCAACCAGGCAAGUCGACGUCUUCUGGAGAAUUUCAACCUCUGUUUCAGGUGAAGCUCUGCAAGCCUUGGAAGCUCACCUUCUCCUAUGGCCGAGCUCUUCAAGCCUCGGUCCUGAAGGCGUGGCAAGGAAAGGACGAGAAUGUCGAGGCCGCCCAGAAGGUCCUUCUCCAUCGAUCCAAGGUCAGAACUUAUCACUUCAAGGGGAUUCUUCGUCUCGAGCUUCGAAGAAAGAUAAUAAGAAGGGGAAAUCAAGAUAUGUGAUCUCAACUUUUAGGGUUUUAAAUGGGAGAAUUCUUUAGGAGAGAAAUAAUUAGAAACACCUUUUUCCAUGUAACUUCAACAGGAACUUGUUUGAAAGAGCCGUUUUCUGAAAAAUGACUUCCAAAUUCAAUUUUGAGAGAAAAAUAUUGGACAAAAAUACUAGGACAUUGGUAACGCUAAACGGACGUGCUCCGGACGUUUCUGAGCGAUCAUAGGGAUCACGUAAGAAUUCUGAGGCUACUAAAGUGGUCACUAGAAAUGCCCCGACACGUCCGAUUCGCGUCGAGUAUUUGGAAAAGCCCCCCCCCCUUUUCCCCUGUUCAGUAAAGCUCGAAAAAAGAAGGUGUAAAUACAUUUCAAAACUUGACUUUCAAGGCCAACGGACAAGCAGCCGUCGGAAAGUACGAAGGCGAAGGCGCCGCCGGAGCCGCCGCCGAGUCUCUUUUCAUUGCCAAGCAUUCCUAUUGA